GCUGAAGGCGUCUAAACAAGCUGUUCAUAUUCCAGGCCCUGAGAUCGACCCUGCCAAGUUUAUUAGCUUGAUGUACCCUCGCAUCGAUGCGCCGUCUGAUUUCGAUUAUCCAGUCGAAUGUCUCCUCAAGCUCCGAGGUAUUCUCUCCGCCGAAGAUAUACGUACGCCAAAUAACAAAGACCACAAUGGCAACCUUAUGCAAUAUGUUAUAAAACGUGGCCACACCACGCUCACCACAAUUGGUUGUUUGAAUGGAUUUGAGUCUCAUGUUCGCCGCUACUUCACCCUAGGCAGCCGCGAUUCGGUGGAAGCAGUGGUCUACCCCUAUGACAACGACUCCGGUCCGUUUUCCAGGGGCGGGGACAGACAAACUGAUCCUCCGACAUCACGUUUGGGACGCCAAUGCAUUGGCUCUGGGACGUCAUCGAGACUCAGUUCCCCAGUGCCAACCUCUCUUUCGAUGAUGAUAACAACUAGACCUUGGCGAGAUGUCUUGCAUUGUUUGUGUCUACGACUGCUCCCCAUAUCCACGUUCCUUGUUAUUCUGCGACUCGUUCUCAUUCUUUGGCGCUCCAUCAUCUGUUGGUUGGCCAUUGGCGUAGACGAGUACUUUGACUGUCGAACGGUUGUUGUUGUUAUUAUUAUUAUCAUUAUCGUUAUCAUUACCAUCAUCAUCAUAGUCUUGUGACGGUGUACCGUAGUGUACCAUAUUUUUAGACUAGCUGUCCGUUUUUGUGUCUACUCAUGUCGGAAUACAAUAUCAAUGGUACUGAGUGUUUUUU